AUGUCAUACCCCCAGCAACAUCAGGCGCAGAGGCCGCCACCUUUGCGACAAUACAAUAACCCCCCUGCGCCUUCUAUGGCAUCGCCAGGAGGAUAUUCGCAAGAUGGCUCCCACGGAGGAUACAGCGACGGUGGCAUGAGUAGCCAUAGUUACCAGCAGACCGACCCGGGCUACGACGAUGCGGCAUACAGCUACCAGUCCAGCUCCUCCAGUCCGCAACCAUAUCCUGCUACGCAAUCUCAGCCACGCUCGAUGCGCCCACCAGGUCCACCAGGCCCGGGAAAUGGACGACCCCCAGGACCUGGAUACGAUGAUCGGCGUGGCUAUCCUCCUGGUGGGGGACCGCCGCCACAAUCGCGGUCGAGAACACCUGGUGGACGCCCACCCCCAGGCGGUGCCUUCGACAAUCCCUUUCCCACCUUUCCAAAUCGAGACCCAAGAGAUCCGAGGGCGCCCAGAGACCCGCGAGACCCGAGAGGCCCUAGAGACCCAAGGGAUCGGCGCGGUCCGCCACCACGAGGGCUAGAGAAAGAUAUGGCUGCAAUGGACAUUAAUGGCAGGGGCCCGCCUAGACCGCACACUUCAAAUUCCAAUGGAAGACGGCCAGAUAUGCGACAGCCACCUCCACGCGGACCUCCACCAGGGCGGGGCCGAGGUGGCUAUCCAAUGGGCCCAGUGCGAGCUGCUAGCUCAGGCAGACCAGGUCGACCUGAUAGAGACUAUCCAGACUCCAUGGGCCCGUCUAUGCCUCCUCCACCAAGAAGCGCAACGAUGCCGCUCGGCCCAGGCGCACCACUCUACCCGGGCCAGUCGACCUACCAAGAAACAGAUUACCCAGCGAGCUCCAUGGGCGAAUCUCCUAUGCGCCCUGGUACUGCUGGAAGUAUGCGACCCCCACGAUCUCGUGCCCCCAAUGAUAUAGACCCAGGCCUAAUAAUUCCCCCGGCUGGGUUGAUGAUCCCCCCGGAGCCCGCCAAUCGUGUUUCAUAUGCGCCCAAGGACUUUCUGGAUAGCUAUUAUGAGUCUGGUGGUGCUGCUGCUGAUGAACCCGAUAUGCCCAAUUUUGAUGCCAUGCCAGACCCUCAUCAGGGCGCCCUGAUUGAUGAGAUGGGCCUGGAAACGACACCGGUCAAAAAGCCAGUCCAUGCUGCGACCUCUUCGCCUGGAGACUACGCAUAUCCCCCCAACGGGGUGGAGGCUAUGCGCUCCCAAUCUCAACCAAAUUUCCGAGAAACAGCCGGUGCUGGUGCCAAUCAGUUUGAAAAUGCGGGAUUCCAGUUUGACAUUCCUGGAGAAUCUUCCCGCGCUCCCGCUUUCGACCACCAAGGCUCUGCUGGGUAUGGCUCGAACGGCUACGAAAAUUACGCUGGUUACUCACAUGGUCCUUCCCCGGUUCGGACCAACCAGCCAGGCUAUUCCCACGACCAGGCCGAUAUGCCAGAUCCUCACCAGAAUCCAGACGCUCUUCCUCACCACCCAGCCCCGUUCCGCCCCGGUCAUGAUCAAGCAUCAAAACCUGCGCCGAUUCGGCAGUACAGCGCUCCUGAAUCCAUGCCAGCCCCCGCUGCCCCACAGCCAGCGAUGGCGCCUGGUGGAACGGCUCAGCCGCCCGUCACAAUUGAAGAGAUACAACGGCUGCAACAGCAGGCGCGAGCCAAUCCUUCUGAUCAGAAGACCCAACUUCUACUCGCCAAAAAGCUAGUCGAGGCAUCCACAGUUUUAGUAGGGGACAACAGCAGACUCGAUCCCAAAACAAAAGCCAAGGCCAAGGAGAAGUACGUGCUGGAUGCCCAUAAGAUUCUCAAAAAGCUUGUUUCGGCCGGGUACUCUGAAGCCCAAUUUUUCCUGGCUGACUGCCACGGCGAGGGCCAAUUGGGACUCGAGGUCGAUCCAAAAGAGGCUUUCUCACUUUAUCACUCUGCUGCGAAACAAGGACACGCACAGUCUGCAUACCGUGUGGCCGUAUGCUGCGAGAUUGGCCAGGAAGAAGGGGGCGGUACCAAACGUGAUCCAUUUAAGGCCGUUCAAUGGUACAAGCGUGCUGCUGCGCUCGGUGAUACACCCGCCAUGUACAAAAUGGGAAUGAUUAAUCUAAAGGGGCUGCUGGGUCAAGCUCGGAACCCGCGGGAGGGUAUAUCAUGGCUCAAGCGGGCGGCUGACCGCGCGGACGAGGAAAACCCGCACGCCCUCCACGAGCUUGCCCUCAUGUAUCAGAACGCUGGUGGCAAUGACAUCAUCGUCCGCGACGAGCAGUAUGCCUCCCAGCUAUUCCACCAAGCUGCCGAACUUGGCUACAAGUUCUCUCAAUUCAGACUCGGUGCUGCCUACGAGUACGGCCUGAUGGGAUGCCCCAUUGACAACCGCACGAGUAUCAUCUGGUACACUCGUGCCGCGGCCCAGGGUGAACACCAGAGUGAACUCGCCCUUAGUGGCUGGUAUCUCACCGGAUCAGAGGGCAUUCUACAGCAGAACGACACCGAGGCCUAUCUGUGGGCUCGGAAGGCCGCCACCGCUGGUCUCGCCAAGGCGGAAUAUGCUAUGGGAUAUUUCACCGAGGUCGGAAUCGGCGCUGCUGCUAACCUAGAUGAUGCAAAGAGAUGGUACUGGCGCGCAGCUGCCCAAGGAUUCCCCAAGGCUCGUGAACGUCUUGAAGACCUUAAGAAGGGCGGAAGCCGAAUGCAAAAGACUCGUCUCUCACGCUCGGCUGUUAACAAGCAGAGUGAUGGGGACUGCGUUCUCAUGUGA